AUGCGGCAGCGCCACGCCGCCCGCCCCCACGGGGGCCCUCCUCACCCGUGGCGUCUCGCCAUCAUCGGCCGGGCGCCACCGCCGCCGCGGCCGGCGCCGCGCCUGCACGGCGGCCACGCGGCCGAAUCAGCUGCUGCUUGCGGUCAAGAGCCGUGGGAGGGCCUCCAAAGGGGAGGUGGCAGCGGCGGGCUGCGCCUGUUCGAAGCGGUUUCGGGCCGCAUGCUCAAGGCGCCCCCAGAACUUCUGGACGUGCCCGCCUCAAAUUUCUGGAUCAACCACUUCCUACUUGAGCCCUCGCCUCACCGCGCCGGCGGCCCGCUGGCGCGCCUGCUGGCCCGCCUGUCGCUGUUCGGUGGUGCUCGUGUGGCGCGCCCAGCGGCCGCCCCGCUGACGGCGGCCGCCGCGGCCGGCUUUGACGGCGUGUGCUUCGCCUUAGGCCCUGUCACGGGCAGCUGCCCAGAGGGCAGCUUUGCAGCACCUUAUACGGACGCGCGUGACGCGCAAAUUCACGCCAGCGGAGGCGGUGGCUGCAAGGUCUGGCUGUUCGAGCCGGCACGGGGGCUGCUGCACCGCUGCCGUCUCGAGGAGCCGCCGCCAAGUGACGCUGACGGCGACGCUGAGUCAGACCCGCUAGGUGGGGGCCCGCUCUGCGGCACCCCAGAUGGAAUCAUGCCGCACACGCCAGAUGCGAAAUGUGGCGCCACAGCCGAAGGCUGCGCCGGCGCUGGCGCGGCCGGGCCGUCAGUGCUGCUGGACCGCACCCUCACAGAGCAGCAGCUACUGUCAGCGCCAGGCGGCGACGACGUGGCGCGCUCGCUCGCGUUCGGCGCCGCGGGCGAAUGCUGCGCAGGAGGCGGCGGUGGCGGCGGCGGGGUGUGCCUUGUGAACAGAAGCACUGGCGAGGUGGUGGGGCCCCAGGGAUUGACGCUGCACCAGUUGAUCGGGGACCCCGCGGGCCGCGCCGCGCUCGAGGAAUGGCGGCGCGCGACGGCAGCGCGGGCGCGGCGCUGGGGGCCGUUGGCCAGAAGAUGGCGGUCGGGGUGA